GGCACCACGAGCCUUACCCUGUUUAGAGCUUGCAAAUUUGAGGUGUACAGAGUGACAGUGAACUUUUGGAUUGAAUGUUUUGGUUUUGAUCUCCUAUACAUGUUCAUAUAGAAACAUAAAAAGUCAAUAUCUGUGCCGGUCUAAUAUCUAUUAGAACAGUAUUUUAUCCCACUGCAAGAACAAGUUACUUUGUACAAUUGACUUCAUCCUCACUUUUCUGUGGGAACUCGAUCAGUUCGUGCGUGACAUUGGUGCUAACCGAACGGUUUAUUGAAGAUCUCCAUCAUCGUUUGAACGUUUGCCACAGCUAUCAGUAUGGAGAAUAAAAACGACGUAGAAGAGGUGUGUUUAUAUGAAUUACCCGAGUUAAAGAGCCAUUUGGCAAAAAUUGCAAAACAGGAACUCGGCGAGAGUGAAUUUGUGCGCCAGCAGUCGCUGGAGCAGAUGCGUGCUUGGAUCGUCAAAAACCAACGAAUCAAAAGUUGUAGGACAGACGAUCGUUUCCUGUUACGGUUCUUACGCGUCAAAAAGUUCUCGGUGAUAAGAGCUUGUGAGAUGCUGGAGAAGUACCUGACAAUGAGACAGACCUAUCCGAAAUGGUGCCGAAAUUUGGAUCCUCUCGAUAAAGAUCUGCAGGAGGUGUUGGACUACUGUGCCUUACUGCCGGUGGGUCGUGACAGCGAGGGUCGAAUAGUGCUCAUCGGAAUCGUUCGGAACUUUAACGCCCAGAAGCAUAAUUCCGAUUUCAUGAUCCGACUGAACAUGCUCGUUACGGAAUCUCUGUUUGACGACGAGGCCAAUCAGAUCGCUGGUUUCACGCACGUGUUCGAUAAUAGUGAUAUGAGCAUGGCGCAUGUAACCUGCUGGACGAUGGAGAACUUGACCGGUUAUCUGCGUAGUGUCACUAACUGCGUUCCGGCGCGUCUAAAACAGAACCAUUUCGUCAACGUUCCCGGCUUUGCUGCCCAAAUCAGCAAAUACUGCCUAACGUUUGCCAGCGAAAAGCUCAAGUCACGAAUUUACUGUCAUCGUAGCGUGACUGAAUUGAAGAAGAAUAUUGACGUCGAUUUGCUACCGGAAGAGUACGGUGGGAAAAUCCCACUGACUGAGUUAAACGAGCAUUUCAAAAAGUACCUGCUACAAAAACGCGACAUGCUGCUCGCUCUCGAUGAAAUGGAAAUUCAACUGGGUGAACAAGCGGAGCCCACCCAUGGAAAUGUGGAUAUGGCAGACAGCGGAGUUGCGGGAAGUUUUCGAAAGCUGCAAAUUGACUGAAAUGUUAGUGGCAUGUUCAUCUGCGUGCUAAACUUUGGUGACAUACAACGUUUGUGAUAGUUUUGUUUGGCAAAUAUCCAACAAGGUAACAUGAGUGUUAGUAUUAGUAUUGUUGAUCUAAUCAAUGGAAAAUAUUGUUAUCAUAUAAGAAUAGGUCAAGGACGGUUGUGAUGGUGAGUUAUUAAAAUCUUGUUAUUUAAUUUUAGAUCUUUACUAUAUAGUAUCUAUUUAAGAAGUUUAGUAUGUUCCAGGCAAUUUCAAUCCUGUUACAUCU